GGCGGAGGAGCGGAGGAAGCCGCGGGGCCGCGAGGGGGCGGGGGGGCGGAGAGGGGAGCCCCGGGAGCGCGAGCCGCGGCCGGCGCCGCUGCAGAGCCGAGCGAAUCCCCAGCCCCGGCAGCAGGGUACCACAUUCAUAUGUUUUUGUAGAACUCAUGCUUGGAAAUGCUGACGUCAGGCUUCAAGACAGCUGAGCCCCACUAGACACCAGGAACACCCAUGGCCCUGGUUGCAUCUUUCAACAUGACCAAUCCACAGCCUGCCACAGAAAGAGGACUUUCCGAAGUUGAGAUCAUCUCCCAACAAGUAGACGAAGAAACCAAGAGCAUUGCUCCCGUGCAGCUGGUGAACUUUGCCUAUCGCGACUUGCCGCUGGCUGCUGUCGAUCUCUCCACAGCGGGCUCCCAGCUCCUGUCAAAUCUGGACGAAGAUUACCAAAGAGAAGGGUCUACCUGGCUGAAGCCGUGCUGUGGGAAGAGAGCAGCCGUGUGGCAGGUAUUUUUGCUCAGUGCGAGUGUCAACGGUUUCCUGGUAACCUGUGUAAUAUUGGUGGUGAUUCUCCUGACUCUGGAACUUCUAAUAGAUAUAAAGCUUCUCCAGUUUUCCAGCGCGUUCCAGUUUGCCGGCGUGAUACACUGGAUCAGCCUGGCCAUCCUCUCGGUGUUCUUCUCGGAGACUGUUCUUCGGAUUGUGGUGCUCGGGAUCUGGGAUUACAUUGAAAACAAGAUAGAGGUGUUUGACGGGGCAGUGAUCAUCCUGUCCUUGGCCCCGAUGGUGGCGUCCACUGUGGCCAACGGGCCCCGGAGCCCCUGGGAUGCUAUCAGCCUCAUCAUUAUGUUCCGGAUCUGGCGGGUGAAGAGGGUGAUUGAUGCCUACGUCCUGCCGGUGAAGGUGGAGAUGGAGAUGGUCAUCCAGCAGUAUGAGAAGGCCAAGGCCAUCCAAGACGAGCAGCUGGAGAGACUGACGCAGAUCUGUCAGGAGCAAGGGUUUGAGAUCCGGCAGCUGCGGGCGCACCUGGCACAGCAGGACUUGGACCUGGCGGCAGAGCGCGAGGCGGCGCUUCAGGCCCCGCACGUGCUCAGCCAGCCGCGCAGCCGCUACAAGGUGGUGGAGGCCGGCACGUGGGCCGAGGAGACGGCGGCCGAGAGCGUUGUGGAGGAGCUGCAGCCCGCGCAAGAAGCCACGGUGAAAGAUGACAUGAACAGCUACAUCAGCCAGUACUACAAUGGGCCCAGCAGUGACAGCGGCGUCCCAGAGCCAGCUGUGUGCGUGGUCACCACGGCCGCCAUCGACAUCCACCAGCCCAACGUCUCGUCUGACCUCUUUUCCGUCGACGUGCCCCUGAAGCUCGGCAGCGAUGGCACCGGUGGCAGCGCCAGCUCCGAGAGCGCCACCCGCUCCACGCGCAGCUCCGGCACCCGGGCCCAGAGUGACAGCAGUCAGACGCUGGGCUCCUCCACGGACUGCAGCGCCGCCCGCGAGGAGCCGUCCCCCAGGCCCAGCCCCUCCGCCCUGCCACUGCCCCCGCCGCCGUCUCAGCAGCAUACGGCAGAGGCCACAGUCCAGGACCUGUUGUCCCCACUGUCGGAGGACCCCUGCCACUCCCAGAGGGCCUUGGACUCCGCCCCCCUUGCCCAGCCCAGCCCAGAGGGCUCAGCCCAGCCCAGCCCUGAGCUGGAGCACAGGGUGAGUCUAUUUAACCAGAAGAACCGGGAGGGCUUCACCGUCUUUCAGAUCAAGCCUGUCAUCCAUUUCCAGCCGGCUGCGCCUGCGCUGGAGGAAAAGUUCAGAUCUUUGGAAUCCAAAGAGCAGAAGUUGCACAGGGUCCCUGAAGCCUAGAGCCUCCAGGCAGGCUGGGAGGGAGGCGGGGAGACAGCCAUCUCGAUGCUCCCCCGGGGCCCCGGUGGCCACCAAGGGUCACAUGAGGGGCCCAGGAGCCCUCCUGGCUUCCCUCAGGGUGCUGCCUGCCUCCAGGGAGGUGACGCCAGGCCAGGAGGCCACACGCCUCAGACCUCAAAGCCCAGAGCUGGCGCCUCCUCUCACCCUGCUCAGGGGAGGGUGGUGCUCGUGGCUGGGGUUUUUUUUUUAAAACCACUUUUACAAAAACCAGCCUGUGGCCCAGCUUCAGCAGGGUAGAGCGUGGGGGCCAGCUCAGCCUCUUCCGUUGCCUUUGUUCCCGACGCCCACCCUGGACCCUCGGGAACAGCACUGUGAGCAGGGGCUCUCCAGCCCCACCCCCCAAGCCGUCUUUUCCAGGAAUCCCGGGUGGAGCCCACACAAUCACACAGACCACCAUCUGAGCCUAUCUCAUUUGUCUUCAUUCUCUCAUUUAGGCAUGAGCGUUUCUGAGUCUUUUCGAGACAAAUCUAGUUUCCACCUUCUGGGGACAUAAAGGGAUGGGUCUGGAGGAGGGUGGGAGGGUUGCGGGGUGGGGGUGAGAGCCAUUUUCCAAUCUUGGCUUUAAUAAUAAAAACCACCUGCAUUGAGACUUC